AUAGCCGUCAGCCGAGCAUGGCCGAGGAAAAGCACCGCAUGCUCUACCAGGGCCAAGACCCCAGCCAGCCAGUUUGUGGUUCCCAAUCCCAGCGAGACGAGGUGGAGCGAGCAGAACGGAGUGCGGCAGCUGCCACUGCGAAGCCGCAACAGCCACCGACCUACGACGAUGCCAUGGGCAAUCAUGAGCCGAGCCACGCAAGCAUCGCUGAUCGUCGCUGCACCUUCUUUGCCGAGCCGCAGCAACGGCGCAGCCAACUGCUGGAUGAGCCGCAACAGUCCGAUGAGAUUGCCGCCCCUUGCCCCCAGCUGCGCAUGGACAUUGUCAAAGCGGAAGCCAGGCCGCAGCAACAGGAACCGCUCAGGGAACGCGGUCGCAUGCAGCAGGUGCACAGCUUCUUUGCACUGGCGCCACAGCCGAAACUGGGCGGCCAGGCCUGCUCGAUUGUGUGCCCCGCCUGCGGCCAGAAGGGGCGCACUCGACCCCGCUGCACACCAAACACACGCACCCACUGCUGGGCAUUCUGGCUAUGUUCCAUUGGGUGGUGCUGCUGCGCCUGUCUGUAUCCCUAUUUGGUCGAUAGCUGCCGUAACACGAACCACUACUGCGCCGUAUGCAAAACAUUUGUGGGCUCUCAUAAUCCCAAGGAUUGCUGCUGAUGCAUCGACGGCUGUUCAAACUUUAAAAACUUAUUGACUUUAACAUCGAAAUGUUGGUGCUGUCUGUGCUUACAGUUUUGCUGCAUUUAUUGAAAUAUUCCAACUAUUUUAUCUGAAGGGAAUUUUCAGUUUUUCGCUUAAUAAAAACAAAGGUAAAAAUUGAAAUUUCCUUCAAUUUGUUAAGCCAAGAAUUCAACUAAUAAUA